UUGACAGCGUACCUUAUUAAUAUUCAUAACAACUAAUAUACCCUCUACAAUAAGAUAUUAUAAAUUCACCGUGUGAAGUGAUCUAAAAAAGAAUAAAACAAAAUGAUAAAAAUAAAAGAAAAAAAUAAAAACAAAAAAAAUACAUUUACGUAUUCUUAGUAUCUUCUCCCAUUACCGAAUUCAUAUUCAACGAUGGCGGAUGCAGCAGAUCUUCCCGGCGCUUCUUCCAAUCAAAAAAUGUCGUCAAAACUUUUAAGGCAAAAGGCACAGGAAUUUUUAACUUCAAGAAGAUAUGCAAAUAAUUUAGUAGACAUUAUUUCUCAAUGGGAUGAAUCCACUUCGUCCUGUCUACUUACAAUAGAAACAAUAUUCGUCGAAGUUCUAAAAAGAGGUGACAUGUAUUUGGAACGUACCAUAUCCCUUACAAUUUCAGAGCCAAGUCCUGAAGCAAGAUACAUCAACUGGUUGAGAAACUGUUAUGAAGAAAUAUGGGAGAAGAUACUUGCAUCAAUGGAAAAAUGUCGACCCGCUAUUCAAUUACAAGCUCUCACUACUGCUAUAAAACUUAUGGCUGAGGAAGGUAAAAAUCCACUGGAACCAAUUAGUAACUCGGGAUAUUAUUUUCCAUUUCAUCGGUUAAAACCCAUUUUGAUGAAGUUACUUUCACCGGAGAAGGACAAUACCAGUUUAAUAUCUAGAUUUCAAGAAAUUAUAGAGUAUCCUGAUGCUCUUUAUUACACAUGGAAAUGUCUUCCAUCUCUUACUUCAAAAAGACAACCACAUGAAAUUUAUAUUAAAAAUUUGCUUGAACUUAUACAUAAAUUAUCACUGCCAAAGGAAAUUGAAGAAAAUGAGAUGUCUGAAAAUAAGAAUUUAUUGUGCAAACCACAGCAAGCUACUAAGAAUUUUAUAUGGGAUCAAGCUGGAGCAAGACGUGCAUUGAAUAAAGUCUGGGCUUGUGUCAUGCAUUGGGAAUUGACACCACAAUUACAUAAACAAUUAUUAAUAGUUCUUUUAGAAAGAGUUAUGCCACAUUUAGAAAAGCCUGUUUUACUAACAGAUUUUCUUAUGGAUUCCUUGGAUGCAGAUGGGCCUAUUGGCUUACUUGCAUUACAAGGUGUAUUUUUAUUAGUUACUAAACAUAAUUUGGAAUAUCCUAAUAUUUUUACCAAACUUUAUUCUAUGUUUGAACCAGAAAUUUUUCACACUAAAUACAAAGCACGUUUGUUUUAUUUAUCCGAUCUUUUCCUCAGUUCAACACACUUACCGGAAGCAUUAGUCGCCGCCUUCGCAAAAAGACUCGCACGUUUAACCCUUGUAGCACCACCAGAAGAUAUUCUUAUUAUUUUACUUUUUGUUGGGAAUCUUUUACUCAGGCACCCUGGCUUGAAACGCCUAAUUGAUCAUCCACAAGGAGGAGAAGUUUCAUCAGGAGAGAAUAACGGUGCUGGAGACCCAUUUUUAAUGGAAGAACGAGAUCCUUUAUUAAGUAACGCUCUUCUUAGUAGUCUUUGGGAAAUCAAAGCUUUACAGUGGCACAUAGUGCCAAGUAUCGCUAGUACUGCGCGUUUUAUUCGUGAACCCCUCCCUUCUGUAGAAUAUGAUAUGGCAUCGGCUUUAGAACGUACUGGAGGACAUUUAUUCGAUAGUGAAUUAAAAAAUAAGGUUAAAGAUAUUAUGUUGACGUUCGAGAGACCCAAUUCGAUGGCAUUACCAAAAGGUGAAAGAUUACUGCAAUAUUGGCAAUUAACAACAAUGCACUGACUGGCAAUAUUAAAAUUAUGCAUUAUAUAUGCAUAUUGUGCAAUAUGCAUCGUUAUU